UGAAUCUGAUGGAUGAAUGAAAUCUGCUGUGUCUUUUGUUUUUGGGUGACUAUGAUUAGAUGGUUUAAGCUGUCAUCUUCUCUGUUCAAAAUACUGAUCUUUGGCUCCUUUAUACUGCCCUUUUCGGUGUCUUUUUUUGUUUUUCCAUUAUAGAUAACAGCAGAUUCCUUCCCACUUUUUUAUUUUUUAAAAUAAUGAAUGAAUAAAUAUUUGUUUUCUUUCUAAUUCUAUUUUUUCAAGAAAUUAAAGAAAAAAGUGUCAACAUUUCUUUUAUUGUUUAUUAUGGGGUUGUUGGUUGUAGUGAUGUUGAUGGGUUGGUUUCCUUUUGGUUCGCGGGAAUUAAGGCUCUUCUUGAUUCCUGUUCAUGCCUGAUCAUCUCCGCCAUCACCAUAAUCUUUAUCUUCUUCUCCUGUUCUUGUUGGCUCUGUUUCUCUCUUUUGGCUUCUGGGUUUUCUUCAGAAUUCAGAUUCCUAUUUGACACCAUUUUGUACUGUCUCUUGGAAUCACUUCCUUGUUGGGGUUUCAAGAGCCACGGAUUCAAAUUUUCCAAGAUUUUCAUCUCUAAUGGAAACUUCAGAUGAAAAUGAUUUCUACUAUUGAAGUUCAGAGUGACUUGAAGAUUGGGGUUUGUGCUAAUUCACUUGUGAUUUAAUCGUGUCUGUUGGUUUUAUCUGCAAGAGUGUUGAUCGUAAGCGAGUUUUGAUCCUUGUUCUAUUAAAUCUUAAAUGGACUUUCCCUCUAAGCAUCCAAGAUUCUUUGGUAGACAUUUGAAUUCUAUAGCAUGUAAAUGCCUUGCUUUGGUUGUUAUUUUGCUGUUUCUUAGGGUUGUACUUCUUCCCUCAUUCUCUGUUUAUGAUAGCAUCAAUCGGAAUAAUAAGGAAUUUACUCAUAGCAGCUCUCUGUCAUUCGACUCUGAGUAUGGAAUUCGUAGAGAUAAGUUCUUGGAGGUUCCUCAGAUAGUUUGGGGACUUAACAAUCAAAAGAUAGCAUUUGCUAGAGCUUGUCUCACUGCUAGAAUGCUGAACAGAACUCUUCUAAUGCCCAGCUUAAGUGCUUCGCUGUUCUAUAAGGAACUAGAUCGCUUGCAACCGAUUUCCUUUGACAAAGUGUUCCAAUUUGAGAGGUUUAAUUCUCUCUGUAAUGGGUUUGUGCAGUUGGGCCAUUAUUCGUUUCUUAGAAAUCUGACUGGAAUUUGUGAUCUUCCGAAAGGAAGUGGAAGGAAGUGGAUGGUAGAGAGAGAUUUGGAUCAAUUGAGACAAUAUGGCAAGGAUCCAUAUGAUGGUUAUGAGGUUAUUCGGAUAGUUGGAAAAAACCCAUUUCUGUGGCAUGAUCAUUGGCCCGUUAAGGAUUAUGCCAGGGUCUUUGAAUGCUUAGUUUUGGUUGAAGAGAUAGAAAGAGAAGCAUCUAAAGUUGUGUCAAAGAUUAGAGAAGUAGGAAGAGAAAUGAGAGGCCAUACUAAAUCUGCUCAAAGUGGUAUUGAUUCAGAUGGUUCGUCAUUGCAGGCAGUGCCUUACGUAGCAGUUCAUAUGAGGAUAGAGAUAGACUGGAUGAUCCACUGUAGGAAGUUAGAGCAAAGAUCAAAAAUAAGCCAAAUUUGUAGUAGCAAGGAGGAGAUUAUGGAGCGAGUGGGGAACAUUGUGGGCCUGAAAACACCUACAGUUGUUUAUCUUGCGGUGGCUGAUAGUCUUCUUGAAGAUCCUUCUAUACUCACUGGUUGGAAGGAUGGUUUAGUUCCUUUUGAAAAGAAGAAACUGGGUGUCGAUGGAAUUUACAAGAAGUAUCCAUAUCUCAUUCAAUCAGCAAUAGAUUAUGAAGUGUGCUUAAGGGCUGAUGUAUUUGUUGGGAACAGUUUCUCAACAUUUUCAAGUCUCAUAGCUCUUGAGAGAACACAGAAGAUGAUUAGAAUGGGCAUCACACAUUCGUGUGGCUUGCAUGUGAGAUGGCCUUCGUAUGCGUAUAAUAUACUAGGCGAAUCAAAUGGCCCUCAAAAAUGGAUGACAAAUAUAUCCGAUUCAAGUCUUAAAGCAGUCAGCUAUGGUACUAAUAUCAUCUCCUGCUGAAGGUAAUGGCAAGUAAUUCCUGGUAUGGCUGAAAACCAAUAGAAUAUUUUUGUUAAAAAUUUGCUGGUAUACUUUUGAACGUUUCUUUCAUUUCUGUGUAAAGAGAAUCAAUAUCAUAGUGCGUCAAGAUAGCAGUUAGCACCAAAUUGGGUACAGUUUUUCAUUUUUGUAAUUUCCUUUGUCAAAAUUUUGCUAAUUAUAUUGAUUUUUUUUGGCA